AUGGCAGAUUCAACCAAUUUCUACGCCAUCAGCUACGGCGCCGCGCUUGCGCACUACAACAACACUCGUCAUGGCGAGGCCGUCGAACACGCCAAGACCAACCUGAGAGAUCCUACCUUGCCUCGAUACUGGCAAGCGAAGAACUGCAUCCCCAUCAUCUGCGCGGCAGAGUCAUGGUAUGAAGCAGAAAUCUAUCGCGCUCUGGCCGAGGAGAUAUACGACAACGCCGCAAAAGCCACAGCUCCUGUCGACAGUCUUGGAGAAGUCGACACUCUCGCCUGA